AUGGUCUCCAGCUAUCUAUACCUUCUGGGACUCUCCCAGUUCCUAACCUCGGCACUGUCAGCAAAGACCGAGACUGGUGUCUGCACGGCUGAUACGUUUGCUUCUCUCGGCCUCGCAAGCAUCAAUGUCCUUUCCGUCGAUGCUAAACUGAACCGCGCCAGCUGGAACAUCGACGAUACCCUGAACACAUAUCCCGUUGUAACGAACAAGACUGUCGAAGUGUGCCAACUCACGGUGAACUACACGCAUCCCGGAUGGAAUGAUAAUGUCACGACUUGGAUUUCGCUGCCCGUCAAGAAUUGGAAUGGUCGAUUCAUGGGAAUGGGUGGAGGUGGUUGGGUUAUGGGCACACAGGGUGCAUUGAGCCAGGCCGUCUUCGGGGGUUAUGCCGCUGCAUCGACAAAUGGUGGACAUGACGAAAGUGCUACUGUCAAGUCUUGGGGAUUAUCCAGCGAGGGCAACGUCAAUUGGGCGAACAUGCAGGACUUCAGCUCUGUUUCACUCGACGAUGCUGCCUCGCUAGGAAAGACUGCUACCAAGAUGUUCUAUGGAAAAGCCCAUAAGUAUGCUUAUUGGAAUGGUUGCUCUACUGGAGGUCGUCAAGGUCUUAUGAUGGCCCAGCGAUACCCGACUCAGUAUGAUGGUAUUCUGGCGGUAUCCCCUGCUAUCAACUGGGACAAGUUCAUCCCAGCUGAAUUCUGGCCUCAGAUGCUGAUGAAUGCACUUGAAUACUAUCCCUCAGCCUGUGAACUCAAUGCAUUCACAGAACAUGCGAUCGACGCAUGCGAUGAGCUAGACGGAGUGAAAGACCGUAUAAUUUCCAUGCCAGGACUGUGCAAGUUCAAUGCAUCAACCCUAAUUGGCAAAACAGCACAAUGCUCCUCCAACGACACCGUCACAGUCACCGCAAAGGCUGCCAAUUACGUUUCCCUCGUAUGGGCCGGCCCAGAAGAUCCCUCCGGCUCAUCCCUUUGGUACGGACUCUCUCACGAUGCACCUCUCACCCGUCUAGCCGGCACAAACUGCACCCUACCAUCUCCGAACUGCAAACCAGUCCCAUUUCAGAUCUCCGCAGACUGGCAACAGAUUUUCCUCUCCCGCAACUCUUCCCUGGACGUAGCAACCAUCAACUACACCGAAUACAUCCGUCAUUUCCGCCAAUCCGUGAAUGAGUACAACUCCAUCAUCGGCACCCGGGAUCCAGAUCUGACUGAUUUCAAGCAAUCAGGCGGCAAAAUGAUCACCUGGCACGGCAUGAAGGAUCAGCUCAUUUUCUUCAACGGUACGGAGAAUUACUACCAACAGGCCAUGGACCUCGACUCCGAUCUCCAGGAUUACUAUCGCUUCUUUGCUGCCCCUGGUGCGGAGCACUGUAAGAGUGGGAUUGGAUUUUACCCUGGAAAUAGUCUUGACUCGCUUGUGAGUUGGGUGGAGAAUGGUACGGCGCCGGAUACGUUGCGGGCUAUCGCUACGCCCACUGGGACCGGUAGUGCGAAGCUGCCUUUGCGUACGGCAGACUUGUGUGCUUACCCCAAGACUUUGACUUAUGUUGGGGGUGAUGAGAGCAAGGCUUCGUCUUUUACUUGUAAAUAA